AAACAGCUCACGCACUUUUUUUCAACACAAAAAGUUAUUCCUCGAAAAUUGCAAGACAAAUUUUUUACACUUAUUCGUAAAAAACUAUUGGAGCGUUUGGAUUUUAUAAGAUCAUGUGCCCAAAAAAAAGACAAAAAUAAUCAUAUGACUAAAACUUUUUUUAAUUUUUCGUAUAAAAAAUAUAGAUUUUAUUUUGGAAUUUACCUCCCAUGCAAUCACACUCACACAGUAGGUUUACUUCCCAAUACUACUGCGACUUGCUCUAUCCCGGUCCCUUUUACAAUGUCACAUGAUCGUCAUGCCUGUAUCAUCCACCAUAAGAAUCUAGUUCUAUACUAUAUUUCGAAGGAUAACAAAAUUCCUGACUUUAGUCGUUGCAAAACAUUCAAAGAUUUCCACGCAUCUCGCCUCUACAACAGAUGGACUAAAAAGAAAUUUCAUCAGAAUUUUUCGACCCGAUUGGGAAUCUCUUUCACCACAUCAUACCACGCAUAUAAUACUAACGUCGUUGCUACAAAAGGACUUGAUUUUAUUUAUGGCAAAACUUAUGGGAAUUUUCAAUUCACUCCCAGUUCUUGUCCAAAGGUAAAGAAAAGACAAGAAGCACGUUUUAAUGGUCUGAUUAGACACACUUUUCAUAACGCCAAGUUGGAUGACAAUGCGCUACCGGAUGAUAAACUCCACGUUGCACGACAUCACAAAUUAUUAUUCCAAGAAAAUCAAAGUUUUAUCACUCCCAUUAAACAUCUUCGAUACAAGAAAAGAUUUGUCAUACCGACAAAAGGUUAUUAUACCUUUCCAAUCCCUUUUCAUAAACCAAGGACAGUAUCUGUACCUGCUAUAGUGGAACCGAUUUGCAACGAUAGCUCUGUCGCACCUACACCGACGGCUAAUUCUAUAUCCCCAGUCAAUACAAACAUUUGGGAGAAUGUACCUGAACAUUACAUUCCUUUAAUUCCUCCAUAUGAUAUUUACGAAGGAGGCCGAUUUAAUCAACCUUCUCGUGGUAAAAUCUGGAAAAAGAAUUUACAACCGCUUGCAGUCGGCAGUGAUGGCUGGUUAGCCUUCAUGAAAGUAAUUUAUGAUGAACACGUAUCAAGGACCAAAUAUCUACAAGGAAAAAUCGACGCUGGAAUACAAUGGGAAACCACCCCUGAUCAAGGCGAAUAUCGGAGUAAUCUUUGCAGUCUUGUAAUGCAAGUCACAAACCACAAACAUGAAUAUGAAAUGAAAUUAUUAGAGAUUUCAUCGUCAGUACCUCCUGAAUUACCAAUUGUAACUGGACCGAUUAAUAACAGCGAACGCAAAAAACGCGAAAAAUGUCACUUACAAAAACUAAAAGAAUUUGAUCGGAAAAAACAGGAAGAUACUGAAAUCUUAGCAGACUUACGUUCUCGGGUUAGCAAUGAGGAAGAUAUCUUUUACAUGGAAUACUAUAAGAAAGAUUAUAGUCUGGCAUAUCAGCCUUGUGCUAUCAUGGACGAUCGACCGCUUAAAUGAAAGGCCAGAGAUAAUGGCAAUUUAGAUACUCACUAUGGCUAUCAUAUAGAUAAAAAAGUUUGUAUAUUAUCCGCUUCAAAGGAUUUAGAAAACAGUUCCUCUACUCGUACUACUUAAGUACUCGUUAGUCAUUUUAACAUAACCACUUAUACAUAUAUUAGUUUCUUUUUGUACAUGCUUUUUAGCAUUUUAGUCCUUUUUUUU